AUGGCAGAGAUUUCGACUGAGCCAUGGAGCUUUUCUGGUGUGCGAACCUGUGAUGACCACGACAACAUCAAGACCUGCGAAGUGUUCAAUGAUCUGAAUGGGGCUGUCGAGGUGAGCUGUGGAUCGCUCGACUCGCAAGUCCUCUACCCGGGCUUCAUACGCAAAUUUCCCGUGGGAAUGGACACGGAGGUUGUAGUGAGACUGCGCGACGAUCCGGGAGUCUUUGGGAGCUGCGCCGCCGAUGCUGGUAGAAGCUUGCUGUUGUCGCAGGAUUUCGGCGACUUCUCUCUUGAAGCCAUGGAACUGAUCCAACAAGAAACAAAGGCAGCAAAGGAGGAAUCUCGUUUAAGAAAGGCACGGCAGCAGGCAAUCAGCAAGCAGCUGUAUGAGGAAGUGAAUCGAAAAACCCUCAGGAGGCAAAAGAACGUUCUCAUCUGCACAGCCGUCACUAUCUCAGUGUCUCUGAGUCUGGUCAUCUCUCUCACGGUGGCCACCCAGAGCAGGCUGCUGACCUUCGAUCACCACGACCGCCUCCCGGCCGUGGGCUUCGCCGCUGCCCUCGUGGUGCUCUGGUGCUGUGCCAUGGGCGGAGUCAGCGUGCUGCAGGCGGCCGCCGACGACACCACCGCAUCCCAGCUCCAGGCUUCCGUGCGCGCUGCGCGGCCCGAGUUUCAGAGCUACACGGAGCGCGGCGCCACGUUUUUCGGUAGCGAGGACAACGGCAAUCAAGACUGGCGAAAGUCACUUUUUGUUUGCUGUUGCUUCAGCGUUCCGACCGUGUGCUUCAGUUGCGCCAUUCUCGUGACCAUCUACUUCAGCGCCAAAGGCCACGGCUGGGUCAUUGCCACCACCUGGACACUGCCCGUCAUUGUGGCGUGUUUUGUGUGCUGCCUCAUAUGCCGCUUACGGACUCUGGGGAUUAAAAGGUGGGCGACUGUGGGAAAAGGUUGCGUGGUGCCCUUCCGUUGGCCAUUGAUGAUCCUGAAUGCCCUUGCAAAGUGCAGUUGUGGCUCUGGCCCUGUCCUAGCAGUCUCUUCCCUGCUUCAGCCUCCGAGGGAGGAGUUGAACCAAGCGGUGUUGGAAAUGAACCAGAGGACCAUCGUCUUUGAAGGUAAUGUCCUCCCAAACCGUCACGCGGUUUCUUCCUGGCCGGGCAAGUACGAGUCUGCCUGGGACUCCCUGGUGACGGGGUCUCGGAAGCACGAGAUCAGUGCUGCGGUGGUGUUUCUGCCAGAGGGUUCAGCACACUAUGGGCUGCACGAUCCCAUUCCCACCGCGGAGGACUUGUGUGACUUGGCAGGUGAAUGCUGGUGUGUGCCCCUCUACGGCGAGCCCAAACCCUGGGGUUGCCAAUGGUGGUCCCGUUGGAUCGCCAACAUAGAGAAGGCAGUCCAGCUGGGGGCCACCCUUGAGGUCUACUUUUUCAAUGGUAAGAAAGGCCAAGGGAAGGUAGCAGACUUUGCGGCAGCUGGCGCAGAGCAUCUUCGAAGGGAAUGGAUCUUCAGCCAAAAAAUAGACUUUGAGAAGUCACAGGGUUUCCUCAGAGCGCUGGACGAUGGCUUGGACCACCUCUCGAAGGACAAAGGCCCAGAUGGCUCAUCCCCCUUUUCUCGAGAGGUGUAUCGGCUCUUCUUGGCCUGGCUGCCGGAAGGCGACCGCCAGUUUCUGGAACACUCCGAGGGCUUAGGAAACUCACAGAAGGCGGAGGUCGCCUGGCUGGAACGGAAAGGCUACCAUUACAUCGAGAAGGAAGUCGCUGAACUGUCCGCCUCGUCGCCCAAGGCCACGGGCCAGCAGAUGCUGGACUUCCUGAGCGACCACUUCCUUGCUGGCAGUUACGACUUCUUGAGGAAGAACUGCAACAGCUUCACAGAUGCAGCUCUGUACUUCCUGUGUGAGGCGCGUCUGGACUUCAGGUACCGUGCCAUGGAAACCAUUGGCUGGAUGGCGGAGAGUCGGACAGGCAUCCUGCACUCGAUCAGCAGUGGCGAGUAUCGACAAAAUCGAUCAGCUGAUGAUUUUGACCUGGAGGAUCUCUUGGAGCAGAUCGACGACGAGCGCCCUGAACACCCAGAGCCAGAUGACGAGCCGACACCGAGGGUGUUCUGCGCUGCGGCUGUGUGCCUUGGCGGCCAGGCAGCUACAAAUACUGUAGAUACGGAGUGCGAGGAUUCCUCAGUCCUGUGCCCUGCUGGCUUCGUGGCUCGCUGA